CUAAUUCAGGAAGUACAAAAUAACGUAAAGUGCUCAUCUGGCAUGUGGUAAUUCCUUGUUUUGAUAGUGGGCACUGCCAGUCUUCGAAGCUCGAGCAGUUUUGAUAAAUAGUCACUUGGGGAAUCGUUCAACAGAUGAUGAUUAGGCAGGAGAUCGUUGAAAAGCAUAGCCCAACUUCCAGUGAUCAUUAUGAAGACGUGCUGCGGAAAAAUGGUGGGUGCUUAAAUGAGCAAUAUGGACCGGACGUGCGAGAACACAAUGGAAGUAGAUGUUUCAUUUCUGAAGACACUCAGAGGUGGUCUAAAAACUGCAGAACUGGUUUCAGUUUUGGUAGCAUUCAUCUGUUUUGCUGCCUCCUCCUCAGUUGGCACCUACCUCAUGGUCCCUGGUGUGGAAACAAUUAUUGCGCUGUUCUUCUUUCUGCUUUACUUUUUAAAACUGAACAAAAAAAUAACCAUGUUCUUUUGGCCUUUGAUAGAUAUCUUUAAUGCUGUGAUUUCAGCCAUCAUUAUUUUUAUUGUAUGUGCAAUUGCAGUAGCUGGUCAUGAUAAUGGAGGCACUGUGGCUGGAGGGGUCUUUGGUUUCAUCGUAACAAUACUGCUUUCUGUGGAUGCUUUUCUACUGUUCAGAUCAGUUACAUUUAAUCAACCUGCAAGUGCUACAAAAACAGCGCAGGAAAAAUCUGUAUUUCCUAAAUCAGCAAAUUAAAUAUGUGUGGCUUUUCUGAAAUUAUUCCAUUUAUUUAUAACAGCAUGAUAAUUUCCAGAAGGGACUUUCACCGGUGUAUAAAUUUCUUAUCAGUUUACAAAAGUCUAAUAGUAUAUUAUUUCAUCUAAAUACCUGCGUAACGUUAAUAAGUCUGGGGUGUAGAAUGAAGAACUUAUACAGGUUCCAGACACAGAAAAUUUGGACAGAAGUUCUUGAAAAGUAUGUACAUCAGACCAAAAAUCUGGGUGAUUAAUUAGCAUGAACAUUUGCAUACAUAAUAACAUAACUCCUCCAGCAUCCGGUAAGAUUGUGGAACAUCACAGCUCAAAAAACACAAGUAUAAAAAGCAGAGUAACAAACUGAUUUAAAGUAUAUGGGAGUCUACAGGAUGGGGGAAGUAUCUUAUUACAUAAAGGAAAUGUAAGACGUCUGUUAUUUUACCUGUUAAAGACUAUCAGCUAUUUCCAUGUUAAGACUUUAGCUUUUUUUUAGUAGUAGGCUUUAGAACUUUAUUUGAAGGCAGAAUUAUUUAAAUGUGGCAGCUCUAUUAAGCAGCUUGCCCUACCGUGGCAAACAGGUUGUUAGGCUGCAGUAUCUUAAAUAACAGAUUGUCAUUUAUGUGAGUAGCAUUUAUUUUGCUGUGCACUGGUUACUCAGUUAAUAUCCAGCUUAGCACAUAUACUCCAUAUAUAUUAAAUGUUGCAUGCUGUAAUUCAUUUAGACUGAUUCUACUUUAUGGAUUCACAAAUCAUAUUUGUGGAAUGCAGUACAGAUCUGUAUUUUGCUGCUGAGAGGGUGUCACCUCCCUCCUCACUGUACACAUUGCCCUGUUUGUUUUUAUGCAUAUGUUAAAAUAAUUAAAAUGUCAGCCUCUGUUUGUGCUUCUAUAAAACGUUUUUGAAAAGCACUGCAAUGGAUAUACCAACUGUAAUGUUUAAAACCAUGAAGCUGUGAAUAAAAUACUGGCAUGAUUUAAA